CCCGAGGCAGGGCAGGUAAGCCAGUCAGCAGCGGUGUUGUGGCUCUCAAACAACACGGUAGUAGCGACUGAGACACAGUGGGGAGGAGUGAAUAAGACUGCGAAGUUAAACUGAAUUUGAUUUCUCGGCGCUACUCACCUAUUUUGAUUUGAGUAUAGACAAUGGCGUCAGCUGGAGACCGUGCUAUUCUGAAUUCGAUCUUCAACCCUCUAUUACCUGUUGGCGAGUGUGUGUAUGAAGAGGAUAUCCCAAAGGAAUUAAAAGAUACUGAUGAUGAAUCGCCAGACUGUGCAGAAGCCAAAGAGCAGGAAAUUUUGGGAGUGAAGGCAGCAGAAGCCGGAGACGUAGAAGGCGCUCUUGUCCAUUUCAACAGAGCCAUCAAGAUAACCCCCUCCAGGCCGUCUGGGUACAACAACCGAGCCCAAGCUUUGAGGCUGCAGGGCAAAGUUGAAGAGGCAAUGGCAGAUCUCAACACAGCAAUAGAUCUCUCCAAAGGUAAAGGACGAGCUGCCUGCCAAGCAUUUACACAAAGGGCCAUGAUUCAUCGCCUGCAGGGGAAUGAUGAUCUGGCAAGAGAAGAUUUCCAGGCAGCUAGCAAUCUCGGCUCGGAAUUUGCCAAAGCACAGCUUGUGCAAAUGAAUCCAUAUGCGGCUCUGUGCAAUAAAAUGUUGCACGAUGUAUUUAGCAAACUCCAGCGUGGCGAAUGUGCAGGUGUCUGAUAUCUGUUAAUCAGGUUUAUGUAAGUUUCAUCACUUCAAGAAAGGGAAGAAAAUUAGCAACUUCAUCAUAAUGCCAGUCAGUUAUCCACAAUAACUAUUUGCUGUGGCUUUAGUUGUUAAUUUCAACAAGGGUAAGAAAUCUGAAAUAAGUCUUAUAUUACAUUUGUAGUUUCUUAGUAUUCAAGUUCUGUUUGGGCUUACCAAAACACCUAUUACGUAUUUACUCUAACAUUGUUUGUCCUUUCAUUAUGUUUACAUUUGAUAUUUUAAUUUAGAAAAAAGGCUAGGAUAUUUUGUAGGCAAAGAUAAGAACUUUUUUCUACUUAUGGGACAAAUUUCAAGAAAAUGGAGCCAGUACACUGUGUAAUCCAAUUGAUUCUCAGUUGAUUCAGGAUGCAUUAUGUUUACAAUUUGUCAUGGAAUCAUUCAACAUUUAAAAUUGUAUUUCUUCCAACAUAUAUUUGCAAGAUCACAUACAAAUCUCUCUCCAGAGAAUAAAUCCUAGUUAAUAAAAUUAAAGAUACCUGAUCUUCUGAAAUAAUGUUUAUUAAUUAUAAACAGGUAGUAGUAGUAUGUGUAAAAUACUGCUUAGCUUUGUAUAAAUCACUGCUAUAAAUAUAUUUUAUGUAUAAAAUUAUUUUCCAAAAUAAUUAUCUGUUAGUCCAAAAGCACAUAUAGUCCAUAUUUCUGUAUAACGUAAAUAAUGUUGACUAUAUGAUUGUAUUUUUUUCCUCAUAAUUUUGGUGGAUGGCCACUUUAUUAAAGAGGAGAGGAGAGGAGAGAAAAAAGAAAAUGUUAUGGACUACUGCUGCUACCAUCUCUAUAAUCCAUACAAUCUGGUGUAUAAUAUAGAUAAUAAAAAGAGACAACUGCAA